AAAAUAAAGUACAAGCCCUAGUGUAACACACUCUAAGUUCUAGAUUUUCUAUCGGAUAUAGGAUAGCGGACUUAUAAUCUGAAGGUAGUUCACCCAAGGUCAAAGUUUGAGGUGGCGUUUCGACUGUAAGUUUACUACGGUUGUGCAACGUGUUUAUAAAGUGUACUGCACAAGAUCUCAAACUAUAAAUGUCGUUAUGAACACCUAUUUUCAGCCAUGUCGUUCUAAGCUUAGAUGUAGAAUCUCUGUAAGAAGUUUUGAGUCAAAUGUAUAUAAGUACUGAAUCGUUUUCAGUCGGAAAAAUGUAAUGGGUAGAGUAGGGGAAGACGAGGGCAAAAUGGACAAUUUCAUUUGGUUGAAACGUAGGCAAAAACUGGGUGAAAUGCAAAAUGGAACAUUCACUUUUUUACUCAAAUGGGAGAUCUUCCCCCAUUUCAGAUUCAGAUGAUAAGGAUAGAAGGCUCUUGUGGCCUGUGUUAAUCCUUGCAAAGUAUAUCUCUGCAGAGAUCUAACUUUUCUUUGAAAGCGUUCACCGAUGGAGCUGAUACUACUGAAUCAGGUAAGGAGUUCCAAUCGUUGACCACUCUGUGAGAUUCAGAUUCAGAUUCAGAUGAUAAGGAUAGAAGGCUCUUGUGGCCUGUGUUAAUCCUUGCAAAGUAUAUCUCUGCAGAGAUCUAACUUCUCUUUGAAAGCGUUCACCGAUGGAGCUGAUACUACUGAAUCAGAUUCUUUAAUACUACAAAUUCGACGGUGAAUUUCAGGCGGAAAAUCUUGACAGUUUAAAAUCACUUCAAGUGCAUUCCAUCAGAUGAAUAGUAAAAGAGCUCUUCACUUCGUUUUCAAAGUUGCCAACCGCAAUGAAACAAUCGACUUUUACAAAAGAGUUCUUGGCAUGAAGGUUUUACGACACGAAGAAUUCAGUGAAGGUUGUAAAGCAUCAUGUAACGGACCUUAUGAUGGAAAAUGGAGUAAAACUAUGAUAGGCUAUGGUGCUGAAGACAGCCAUUUCGUUAUUGAGUUGACCUACAACUAUGGAGUUGGUGGUUAUCAACUUGGAAAUGAUUUUCAAUAUAUUCGCAUUCACAACAAGGCAGCUUAUUCAAGAAUAAUCGAUGGAUCAUGGCCGAUUACGUCGAAAGAAUCAGACAGUGUUAGAGUUGAAGCACCCGGUGGAUAUACUUAUUGUGUGCAUAACUGUGAUGGUGAUGGUGAUCCUGUUCGAAUGGUGGCGUUGGCUAGUUCAAAUCUUCAACGUUCUAUCGAUUACUGGGCUGGUAAACUUGGCAUGACUGUAGUAUCAUCUAAUGGAGAGGAAGCUGUAUUCUCCUAUUCACCGAAUCAAUGUCAUUUAAAGCUGAUUUCUAUUCAUAAGGCUGUAGAUCAUGCUAGUGCAUUUGGUCGUAUCGCUUUUGCUUGCCCUAGUAGUCAGUUACCAGUUUUACAAAAUGUAAUGGAUGCACAGAAAGAGACAAUUCUUACGCGUUUAGUGAGUUUAGAUACACCAGGCAAAGCUACAGUACAAGUGAUUAUUCUCGCAGAUCCAGAUGGUCAUGAAAUCUGUUUUGUCGGCGAUGAAGCAUUCAGACAACUAUCUCAGAUUGAUCCAAAAGCAGAUAGUUUACUUCAAUCGGCAAUAAAUGCUGAUAAAAGUGAUGAAUGGUUCAAGAAACACGGAGGGAAGACAACAAAGUAGAAGUGGUGACUGUUUUUUUCUUCUUGAUUUCCUGGCUGAUCUUUGUACUGAUCUUGCACGUGCGUAAUUUUGUACUGAAUGAGAAGUGGUAUUAUUAUUAUUGAUUUCUUUGAUAACUGUGAUUAUUUAUUCAUUUUAUUGAUCAUCCCGAGUAUUUUGUAUACUUUUUCUCAUUGGUAAAUAUAGUUUCGUAUAUACAGUU